AUGGGGACUCCUCUGAUCACCGAGGGGUCCCUCAAUAUCACACCUCAACGUGAAAAUGUCACCACCGACCCCAAUGCCAGAGCAGACUCCAGAUGCUCCUCCUGCAGAUUCAGGCUGCGUCUCUGUGAACAAGGCCUAAGGCAUCGACAGCAGAAGAAGAAAACUACAGACAUAAUAGGCGUGGUGCGACUGGACAUUAACCUCCAGGACGUAGACAUCGACCAAUGCUCCUCCCACGGCUGGUUCUCAGGGACACAUCGGUGCAACAGCACCACUAUGGAGUGUCUUCCCAUACCAGGAUACGGGUUCGUCCUGGACAAGUACCAGUGUCAGUGUAAAAAAGGCUUCUACCAUCCCAACAGAGUGGCCGUCAACAGUUUCACCAGGCCCGGGAAAAGCGGGAGAGUCUCAGAGAGUGGUCCUAAUGCAGACGAGGGCUGGUCCAGCGACUGUCUACCCUGUGCUGCUGGCUGUGGCUUCUGUCGGGACGAUACGCCGUGUGUGCCACGGGAGGAUGGGGCUCUCAGGCUCGCUGUGGUCUCCUUCCAGAGUCUCUGUAUGCUCCUCCUCUUCAUCAGCAUGGUCCUCAUCUACCACUAUAGGAGGAACAAGAGCGUCCGUGCCUCAGGUCUGGUUUUGCUGGAGGCCAUUUUGUGUGGAGCCGUCCUCCUCUAUUUCCCGAAGUCCAAAAGUCGGAAUCUGCUACAGCUGCUGCACCAACGCUGCAUCACUGGACACAGGGAUAAGCUAAUGGCUGCUAAAGCUAGCUCGGAAAAGGAUGUGUUGGCAAAGAUUUACUACGCUUGA